UUGCCAUAUCUACUAACUCGGCUGCUUAAUCCACUGUCAGUUAACGGGAAUGCGAAAAACGUCAGCACAGUUAUUUUAUUUUUAUUUAAUUUUCUAAGCUGUUUUCUACAUUUUUGUUUGAGAACUUUGGACUUUGUAUUGCUGUGCUUAAUUUAAUCGCUCUAAAAUCACGGAUAUCAAGUGCAGUGUACGAGACCAGGAAAAGACGCGUUGAGCUACCAUUCAAGAUUCAAGUUAACUACAUUUUGCCAAAGGAAAAAUGAUUAAUACCGGAAAAUUAGCAGGCCAAACUAUAUUUAUCACUGGGGCCAGUCGGGGCAUUGGCAAGGCAAUUGCCUUGAAAGCUGCUAAGGACGGGGCCAAUGUUGUGAUUGCGGCCAAAACGGCCACUCCCCAUCCAAAGUUGCCAGGAACGAUUUAUACAGCUGCUGAAGAAGUGGAAAAGGCGGGCGGAAAGAGCCUCCCAUGUGUGGUCGACAUUCGAGACGAAGUGCAAGUUAGAAAAGCUGUGGAAGAAGCUGUUCAAAAGUUUGGAGGAAUCGAUAUACUCGUGAAUAAUGCCAGUGCCAUUUCUCUGACCAGAACGCCGGACACCGAUAUGAAGCGAUACGACUUAAUGCAUAACGUUAACACCAGGGGAACCUUCCUUGUGUCGAAAGAGUGUCUUCCUUAUCUGAAGAAGAGCAAGAACCCACACAUUUUAAAUCUGUCUCCACCUCUAAACAUGCAGCCCCAUUGGUUCCAGAACCAUGUGGCUUACACCAUGGCUAAAUAUGGUAUGUCUAUGUGCGUUUUAGGCAUGCAUGAGGAGUUUCGACCUUUGGGGAUUGCGGUGAAUGCACUCUGGCCCAGAACAGCCAUUCACACAGCAGCAAUGGAGAUGUUAGGUGGCAAAGAAGCGGCAAGACAAUGCCGCAAACCCGAAAUAUGUGCAGAUGCCGCUUAUGCUAUAUUAACGAAGGACUCGAAAACAACCACAGGAAACUUUUUUAUAGAUGAUGAGGUCCUAAAAGCGGCAGGGGUAAAAGACUUAACUCAAUACGCCUGCGAUCCUACAAACGCAAACAACUUGAUGCCCGAUUUCUUUUUGGGAGAUAAUGUUGGAACAGAAGCCGUCCAGGGGGCGUCCGAUCGCCAAAAUGCACCAAGCGAACCUCAGGGCGAGGUUGGAAAGCUGUUCAAAGCCAUCGAGGGGAAUCUUUCACCAGAUUCGGUCAGCAAAACUCAAGCGGUGUUUGCUUUUGUGGUUACUGGAGAUGAAGCUGGAAAAUGGUAUAUUGACUUGAAGACUGGAAAAGGUUCUUGCGGUCAAGGAGACCCUCCAACUCCUGCCGAUGCAACUUUGACCAUGGAUAGCAAGAAUUUCUUCAAUAUGUUUGCAGGCAAAUUGAAACCCGCCACUGCUUACAUGAUGGGAAAGCUAAAAAUCAAAGGAAACCUCCAGCAAGCCAUGAAAUUGGAAAAACUCAUGUCUAGUCUUAAGUCUAAAUUGUAAAAAAGAUCAAAGACUUGUAUGCUAAGCAAUAUUAAUCAUCUAAGUACAACAUUUUAUAUUUAUGGUU